AUGACAGCUUCUUUGGUACCGUUGGUGCAGUUCUCGCAGGAAUCCCUGUAUUUUCCUCUCCCCCCAAAGGAUAUCAUCAUUGAGAAUAUUGUUCAGGUGAAGAAUUUGCUUGAGUGUACGGAAGAAAAGACGGAGAACAUUAUAGUUUUUAAGGUUCUUUGUACAGUACGCAAUCGCUACGGCGUGAAGCCUUCAGUCGGCUUUAUAUUUCCCACGGAAAGUGUUAAAAUUAAAUUUCUUCUUGAUCUCCCACAACUACGACGACAAGGAGGCGCUGAAGCUGCUUUGGUUUUGCCCAAUGCAAAAACGCAGGACAAUAUGUUUGUGGAUAUUGCCGUCCUUCCCAAAGAUCAGGCAAAGACGUACAUGGAGAGCUUAAAUGAAAACGGGAAUGGGAAAAAUAUUGGACGCAGCUCCUCUAGGAUGUAUGUAGAACAGGCCGCCGCCUUCUGGAAGACGCUGGGGCAAAUAAAACCAGGAAAUGUACAGGUUGUACGUCGUCAAUUGAGCUGCGUGUACGGAGACAAGGGCGUCCCAGAGAGUCUUGUCAUGCGGAUGGGUGGGUACGGGACCAAGCUGCUGGAGAGCCCACAAGUGGUUACCCCUUCAGGGAGUGAUGCUGUCUCUACACCGUCACCACCCGCGGUCCCAAAAUCGCGUUUCCACACAGUUAAGACAGACACACAAAGAAAAUCCCCACCCGUCGCCCCGCCGCGUUUAUCGGUGGCUGGAUCCGCCAGGAAUCGAGAUAUGAAGUCUCCCUCCACGGAAUCCGGGGGCGUUGUGUCUUCACCGCGAGCCAAGAAUAAUUUAGUUCCCCCAACGGUUCUCCACAACAGCGGCGCUGGCGGGGGUAUUACAAUUAACUCGCGUCCAGCAGCCGUAAUUGCACAUCCCACGCCUGCACUAGCGCAGCGGAAGCAAAAAGUUUGGAAGGACUGCCUGUGUUUUAGAGUAUCUUUUCGACUUUUGGCAGCGUUGCUUGUCCUAUCGUUUCUAUGUGCAUUAUUUGAAAGUGGAACAUUUUUGAGUUGGUUGUUAAUAGGGCGGUAG